GUGGAACGUGUCACCUGUGCAAAUAACAGAGUAUUGUCUUAACUGUCGACACUCAUUGCGUUUCGGCUUUACUUUUAAUUGGCGAAAAGUCGCCGACUCAUUUUGGAAAAGAACGACAUGAACAAUUUUAGUGUUUUCAGUUAGCUACAUACAAGUAGUUUAUUAAUUAAGAAAAUGUUUACUAUUCGAAAUAUUUUUGUGUUUUUUCCUUUACUAACUGGGCUGGCGAUAGCGGCGAAUUCGCAACAGUUGCAAGAAAUAGCCGCCACCGAAAGACCCGUAUGCUCGGAGCGAUGUAAUUUGGCUUUUCGAUGUGAUCCUUACUAUAGCGGCCCACCGGUGUGGACGAUAAUAGACGGCGUUUGCAAACUUUUCAAGACAGACUGUCUAUUUGCCAGCACAAAUUGCCACCGUCAGAAUAGCUGCUUACCAAAAUUGACAACAACUUCACAACAAAUCUGUCAGACAAAGUGCAUGGAUGCGUGUGAGCAAGCGCCUAUAAAACCGGUGUGUGGUGUUUUUCCCUAUGUGACGGUACAUGGGGAUCGAAACGACGGUAUGAUCACCUUCAAAAAUCAGUGUGAAUUGGACAAAUGGUCAUGCUGGAAUUCGAAAGCUUACAUCUCAGUAAGCGAAGGUACCUGCUUUUGAAAAACCAAUAUUUGGUUGUGAAAUGGUUACAUAGAGCCAAAUUGAUAGGUCAAUGAUAUACAUGUUUAUAUGCUCAACAGUGAAGUGAUUUCAUUGCAACGAAACAACGAUUUAUUUUAUAUUUACUCCGAAGAAGAUAAAAGAACUUUAUUUAUUGUUUAUUGAAAUGACAAAACCGAAACAA